AUGGGCUGCAAUUUGUGCACCUUGCAGAAACGGGAGGAACACUACAAACUGCUGUAUGAGAUUGCACAGGUGAACGGGCGCGACUUCUCCAAGGUCGACCAUGACGAGGCAGUGGUGGAGGCCAUCAGGCGUGAUCCUAUUGUUGUCCAGGUUCUCCGGCGAACCCCCGCCAGAGCAACGGCGGCUGUUGCACAUGACCACAGCGGCACGCCACAAGAUGUGUGUGUCGUCGACGUUUGCACGCAAACAGACAUCACCUUUGAGCACAUCAUGGCACUGGCCAAGCUUCGGCCCGCUACCCCCCCUGUCCCUGAUAUCUGUCCCUUCCUUUUGUCUGACAGCUGUCAUUCCAUCCAUACAAUGGAACAUGAGUUCUAUGAAUGUCCAGAGUACCUGUCUAACACCCCAGCAGAGGUGGAGAGGACUGAAGAGUAUGAAUAUGAGGAGGUGGAACUGUGUAGGCAGAACAGCCAGGAGAAGCUUGGCCUGACACUGUGCUACAGGACCGACGAUGAUGAGGACACUAGCAUCUAUGUCAGCCAGGUGGAGCCAAACAGUAUAGCAGCGAGAGAUGGGCGCAUCAAGGAAGGAGAUCGUAUUCUUCAGAUAAAUGGCUGUGAGGUGCAAGACAGACAGAAAGCCGUAACCUUGUUGUCAAGUGAAGAAGCAAGGAACAUCAUACUACUGGUGACAAGACCAGAAAUCCAGCUGGCAGAGGAAGUAUGGCUGGAUGACGAGCAACAGGAGCUUGUGGAAGAGCUGAAGAUGGAGAUCCUGGAGGAGAGGAGGAAGCAGAAGGAACAUAACUUUCACAGAGGAGAUGAGCAUCAAAAUGAAGAAGACAUGACGACCGACACAGCUACUUGUUCCUCCAAUAAUCAAGACAGUGGCUUUGGGCGGAGUACAGACAGUCCGGAGCACCAACCCCUACUGGCCAGACUUCACAGGAGGAGCCCGGCCCAUUGUUUGAGGGACCGAUGGCGGGCAGAGCAUCCACAUACAAGACGAGGGACUGUAGUGCCACAGGACACCCAGAGUCAAAGGACACUGUGCAAAGGCCAAGGCCAUGAAGGGAUAGUCAGUAUUUGCAAUGGUGGAGGUGGGAUCCUAGGUUUAGAUAAUCACUUCCAGCAACUUCUGGAGCUCAAGUGUCAAAUCCGGAAUGGAGGCGAGUGUGGGGUAUACUCUAUUCGACACAGUAUAGAGUGUAGCCUCACUGAACAGGGAGGAGGGCAUGGAGAUGGUGUGGAUAGUGUAGGAGGAGGGGGAGGGGUGGAGCAAGAGUUGAGGAUGCUAAAUGAGGAACUGCGCAGCAUUGAGCUGGAGUGUCAGAACAUCAUGCAAGCACAUCAGCUCCGCCAGACUCACCAGCUGGACCCCUCACAGUCUGCAUCCUGCUCACCAGGACGGAGCCCCAAAGACGGACACAAGCGGCAAGGCAGGCUGGCCGACAUCCACGAACACCCAGAGAGGUUGGACAAUGAUAAGAUCAGAGAGAAGGACAGCUCCAGUGCCUACAACACAGCGGAGAGUGCACGGUCAACACCGUUAGGUAUGGAGAGAUCUCCUGACCACUCUCUGCAGAGACACAUCAGCAUCACCAACCAGAAAAACCUCAGAGUGGCGUCUUCCACACCCUCCAGCCCCAUCCCUAUCCCCAAGCCCCAGAGUACACCCAGUCGUAGCAGACCAGCAGACCCAGGCCCCAUUAUCUCUAGCAGCCCAGACCAGAGCAACCCUUCCAGGUCUGAGUCAGACCCUGCCUUACCUGCAGAUGAUGAGAGGUGUGAGAAGAAAGGCAGGACCAGAGAUUCAAGGAGUGGGCUUGACUACGGGUGUUCAUAUCAAACAACCCCUUAUCAAGGCCAAGCGGGAUCAAGGCAACUCCAGAGCUACAUGCAUCUGCUACAACAGCACUCAUCCCUGGAGUAUUCCCAGAGCCAGCUGAGUCUGCUCAGCGUCUGUCGAGAUCCUGUGCACAGGAACGGACGCCCUGGGGAACCCCGUCUAGAGUGGAAGGUCAAAGUCCGCGCUGACGGCACACGCUACGUGGCCCGGAGGCCUGCUCGUGAUCGCAUCCUGAGGGAGCGGGCGCUAAGGAUCCGAGAGGAGAGGAGUGGGGGUAUGACCACAGAUGAUGAUGCCAUGAGUGAGAUGAAGAUGGGCCGCUACUGGAGCAAAGAGGAGAGGAAGCAGCACUUGGCACGGGCCAGGGAGCAGAAGAAGAGGAGGGAGUUCAUGCAAAAGAGCCGCCUGGAGUGUCUAAAGGAGGGACCAGCCAGUGGAGCUGAGGGCAGGAAGGAGAUCAAUAUCUUAGAGCUCAGUCACAAAAAGAUGAUGAAGAAACGAAACAAAAAGAUCCUUGACAACUGGAUGACCAUCCAGGAGUUGAUGAGCCAUGGGGCCAGAGUUCCUGAGGGUUCUAAAGUACACAACGCCUUCCUUUCUGUCACAACUGUCUAA